UGGGAGUUGCAGAAUUUUAAGGGGGGUAACGGGACAGAAGUGAUGCAGGAGCGACCCACGAGCCGCGGUUGGAGUCGGGAGAGGCUCCGCAAAAGCUGCUGGAGCUGUUGUUGUUGUUUUUGUUGAUGAUGAUGCUGUUUAGAGAGACUGAUGACAGCUGACAGCCGCGCGAAAGUUCAAGGGCGACCGAGUGCCAGGGAUUUCAGAGCCGCGCCGGCCGCUGCGGGGAUGGACGGCGACGCACACAGCAGACCGCCUGACCGAAGCAGGAGAUCAUCGAAAAACAAAGCACCUCCUCCUCCUCCUGUCCUGAAAGGCUUGAGUCACAAGCGCCCAGCGUACCCUCACCCUGCCAUGGAGCAGAAGGAGAACCCGCUGGAGCAAGACCUGACUCUUACCGUGGUCCUUCCUGAAGGGGUGGAGAAGACCGCGGUCGUCCACGGCAGCAAGCCCAUGAUGGACCUGCUGGUCAUGCUUUGUGCCAAGUAUCACCUGAACCCGUCGGGCCACACGAUAGAGCUCAUCACCACCAACAGAAACCAUGUGAAGUUCAAACCCAACGCCCUCGUUGGAGCGCUAGAGGCCGAGAAGAUCCUGCUGAAACCGAAAGGCAUGGAGGACAAAAGCAAAAAGACAGGACCACAGAUGCCGGAGGCAACCGUGCGGUUAGUCAUCAACUACAAGAAAACCCAGAAAACCAUUCUCAGGGUGAGUCCUCGGGUUCCUUUACAAGAACUGCUACCGGCCAUCUGCGAGAAAUGCGAAUUUUACCCGCAGACCACGGUUUUAUUACGAAACGUCCACUCGGAAGACACUUUGGACCUGAGCGGCUCCCUCAACGAUUUUGGCCUGAGGGAAGUGUAUGCGAGAGACACCAAAGUUAUUAGCCCUGUCAGUCCUAUUAGUCCUGUAAGCCUGCCUCCAUCUCCAACUCACUCAGAAAUAUUUCAUCAUGGGAAGGAGAAAAUCCAGAAGGAGAAAGAUAAGAGGCGGUUCAGCUUAUUUCGGAAAGGAAGUAAGAAGCAAUCUGAACAGUCUACGACCGUGAGCGCACCAGCAUCUCCGGUGCACAGGAAGCAGAGACCAGUCAGCAUGAGUUCCUUCAGCGCGCAUUCGCCCAUUACGUACGACUCCAACACCAUGCCCUCCGACACGCCAAAGAAAAGACGGGCCCCGCUGCCGCCGAGCAUGAUGUCACAGAGCAUGCCUACCGACCUUGGUCACCCGGCCGCUGUGCAUCCCGAUGGAAACCAGAAUAUGGCCCCUUUGAGCCGGGGAUCCUCGACAGAGUCGUCCUUCAAGAAGUCUACCAAGAGGAAGGCCCCUCCGCCCCCCAGCUUGAGCAGCGCAGCCCCUCCUGAUGAAAACACACAGGACCGGAGCAUGACAGAAGCGCCGUUGGCGUCUCCUCUGGAGGAGAUCAGGGAACAGGAGGAGGUGAAUGUGAGCGCUGAAGGUCAGGUGGCCGUCGUGGAAGAGGAGGAGGACAACAGCAGCCUCAAUCUGUCCGCCGACAUCUCUCUGGACUCGGGCCGCGCCGGAACAGCAACUCCUUCUCAGGAUUCAGAGACUCUAGAUCCGCCGUGUGACCUCUCCACAGAUGCGGAAGUUGCAGAAGAAACAGUGAAUGGAGAGAUUAAGUUGGACCGGACCGCAAGCUCACAUAUUAAUUCAGAAGAGAUAGAGCCACCGACGGAAAAGACAGAAGAGGCAUGUCAGACUUCAGAAAGUGGCCCUGCUCUGGAGGAGACCACGGAAAAGCCUGCGUCUUUGUUCAACAAGCUUCAAACCUCCGAAUGCGGCAUCCAGACGUCGCACGCGGACUUGCAAGCGCGGGGCACAGAGUCCAUCCUCGAAAACCAAACUCCAACGACCGUCCCCAGUUUGGUCAGCUUCGCUCACACUGAAACGCAAACGCAGAUGGAGCCCCAGAAACCCUCAAGUGAGCCGUCGGGCUCGUGCACUGAACCCUCCGCAGCGCCGCAUGAGUCCUCCGUGGGGCUGAAAAGAGACAUGGCCACCUCCACAGAAGAGCUGCGUGCUCCUGAACCGCCUUCGCCUGCCGUCCAGGCGCCAGAGGAUCUGGCAUCCACCCCAACCUCUAAAGCGAAUACUGUAAAGCGCAUAGCAGACGGCGAACCCAAACCCAAACCGUCCAACGAGCUCACCCGCGAAUACAUUCCCAAAGUGGGCAUGACCACCUACACCAUCGUGCCUCAGAAGUCUCUCGAAAAGCUGCGCUUCUUUGAAGUAGAGUUGACUUUGGAGCCCAAUGUGGAUUACAAACCUGAAACUAAGCCCGUUUCCAAUGGUACAGCUGCUGUUAAUGGCCAUCAGAACGUCUUUGCGCAAACCAGUCCUUGUACUUCACCUCCAGCUGCCGUUUCGUCCCCUGUAGAAGGAACCGAAUGCAAGAAAGUUCCCCCGGCGACAAGACCCAAACCAGCUUCUUUCCGCCUGCCGCAGCACAAACGAACGGCAGGGGAUUACGUAUCCUCCGCUGCCGUUCGCCGAGCGAGUGUGGGCAGUAACAGCAGCGGCAGCAGUUGUUGUAGCAGUCCCGCGCCCCGGCCCAAAGAUACCGCAAGCAGCCCGCAAUCGGACGUGUUUCCUGCACUGGACAGCUUCCCUCCUCCGCCGCCGCCGGUGCAAUGGGAUGAUGAGCAGAGCGCCAGAGCCAGAGAUGCACCUCGAACUGCAACGGCGGCUGUCCCUCUGCCCGAAGCUCCCAAAUUCGGAGUGUCCCGUCAGAAGAGUCUUCCCACAAACCCCACACCUUCGCUGAGUCUAGAGAAGCUGAGAAGCUUCGCCGCUCCCAAACCCUACUCGCCCUCUUCGCCCUCGCGCUUCGCUCAGGCUGUGUCUUCUGCAGUGAAGAGGACCCAGUCGCUUUCCCAUCAACCCCUGGGGCAGUUACCGCGCACGCAUCUUCUCACAAAACAGAGAUCCAUUACGGAGUCCCCUGAGCCUCCGGCCAGCACUGUGACAGACAAUGGAGAAGGACGCACAGGGAGAUCCGGAGAGGCCCCAUGGCAAACAGCAGGCCCCGGCGGUCCAGCGCCGAGCUCCACCCGAGACGGAGGCAUGGGAACAUGUAAGAUUGGAAAUACUCAACCGUCACCAGGGUCUGAAGCCACGUUGAAGGGAAUGUCCGAAGUCUUUCAUUCGGUGGAAGAAUGAAAUGUGCCUUCGUUGAUGGGAUCCCAGCAUCACUUGCCUUCAAAUAUUACGCAGGUCAAGAGAAGAUCUUCCGUCUUCAUUUUUGCAUAGUCAUAUUUGGUUUCUCACAAAUCGAGACUUUCAACACUUUCUUUUUUUUUUGAAUCUGGAUGUGGUCAGAACUGUGUAGAGCGCAGUGUACUUAUCAUUCACUUUUUUUCCCUAACACAGCAGUUUUUAAUUAGCUAUGUGCCUUAAAUAAACCUAAAAAAAUUAAAUGCAUCAUCACACACACACACAAAAAAGAAAUAAAAUAAAUUAGAUAUA